CGUGUUCUGUUUUGAGACAGGAAAAAAAAAAACUUCGGAUGGUAGCUUGUUAGCGUUUGGUUUUAUAAACAGAUAGAUAUUACGAGAAAAAUUGUGACUAAGAGUAAUUAUUAUUAAAAGCGUAGCCUGGUGUUAGAGUUAAGAUAGUAGGGGAUGUAGCCGGUUACUUUAUCCCGUUUUUGUGAACUCGCUCGGGCCGGUGGACCGCUGCUGAAUGUGGCUUCACGCAGCCUGGCUGGGACGGUAGCGGAGGGAUUAGCUUUUCCAAGCGGGCUAGCCUGCUCGCUAGCAAUGCUGAGACACGCUCAGGUCGACUCUUAGCUCGCUGGUCGGUUUGUGCAAACACCGGCUCCUGAGCGCUUUGCAUUAAUCAUAAAUUAUCUAUCUGCACGACGGUUAUUGCAGUUCAGACCUCCGGGUAUUUAUUUAUCAAGCUAGUUGGAGUUUUGUUUGUUUGUUUGUUUGUUUGUUUUAAAGGGUGCUAGUACUCGAAGGUAAAGCUAGCAGGCAGGCAGGCAUUCGCAGCAGUGCUAGCUGCACCACCCUGAACACGUUUCUGGUUUCUAGCCAGCAGGAUUGGCAGCUGACGGUUUGAGGGCUAUGUCUUCGGCAGCCACCGCACCCCCAUCCGCAGACAAGGUGGAUGGCUUCUCCAGGAAGUCGGUCCGGAAAACUAGGCAGAAGCGAGCGCAGAGCUCGUCUCAAUUCAGAUCUCAGGACAAACCCAUUGAGCUAGUGCAGCUGCCGCUACUGAAAGAUGUGUCUGCCCAAGAGCAGCCAGAGUUGUUUCUAAAGAAGUUGCAGCAGUGCUGUACUCUGUUUGAUUUCAUGGACACACUGUCUGACCUCAAGAUGAAGGAGUACAAGCGCUCUACUUUGAAUGAGCUGGUGGACUAUGUCACGGUUAGCCGAGGUUACCUCACUGAACAGACGUAUCCAGAAGUUGUCAAAAUGGUGUCCUGUAACAUAUUCCGGACACUUCCUCCCAGUGACAGUAAUGAGUUUGACCCAGAGGAGGAUGAGCCUACGUUGGAAGCAUCAUGGCCCCACUUGCAGCUUGUCUACGAGUUCUUCAUUCGCUUCUUGGAGAGUCAAGAAUUUCAACCCAGCAUUGCCAAAAAGUACAUUGACCAGAAAUUUGUACUCCAGCUUCUGGAGCUGUUUGACAGUGAGGACCCUCGUGAGAGGGACUGUUUGAAGACGGUCCUGCACAGAAUUUAUGGCAAGUUCCUCGGUCUCAGGGCCUUCAUCCGCAAACAGAUCAAUAACAUUUUUCUUGGGUUUGUGUACGAAACGGAACACUUCAGUGGAGUUGCUGAGCUCUUGGAGAUCUUGGGAAGUAUCAUCAAUGGCUUUGCACUUCCUCUGAAAGCUGAACAUAAACAGUUCCUGGUAAAAGUUUUACUGCCUCUGCACUCAGCAAGAAGUCUGUCACUCUUCCAUGCACAGCUGGCCUACUGUAUUGUGCAAUUUCUAGAGAAAGAUCCCAUGCUAACAGAACCUGUGAUAAGAGGCUUGUUAAAGUUCUGGCCAAAAACCUGCAGUCAGAAAGAGGUUAUGUUCCUCGGUGAGCUAGAGGAGAUCCUAGACGUGAUUGAGCCCACACAGUUUGUCAAGGUCCAGGAGCCUCUGUUCAAGCAGAUUUCCAGAUGUGUAUCCAGUCCUCACUUUCAGGUGGCUGAGCGAGCCCUGUAUUACUGGAACAAUGAGUACAUCAUGAGUCUGAUCGAGGAGAACUCCAGUGUCAUCCUGCCCAUCAUGUUUGCUAGUCUCUACAGGAUCUCGAAAGAGCACUGGAACCCAGCGAUAUCUGCUUUAAUCUACAAUGUGCUAAAAGCAUUCAUGGAGAUGAACAGCGCCCUGUUUGAUGAACUUGCCUCAACUUACAAAUCAGAACGUCAGAGGGAAAAGAAAAAGGAGAAGGAGCGGGAGGACUUGUGGCGGAAGCUGGAAGAGCUGGAGCUGAGGCGAGGAAUUCAGAACAGUGACGGCAUCAUUCCCACCUAAACAUGGAUGCAGCUCAAUCCCUACAUCAAGCUCCAACCAAUGUUCUGCCACAGGGACGCCACAUCUCCAUGCUCCUUGUGCGCCAUACUUUACUGUACACUCCUGCGUUUAUCCGUUUUAUCCCACCAGCACUGUAAAAACUCUUUCCACUGUUUCCUUUGACAAUGAUACAAAGAAGAAAAGGACAAGGUGUGCUUACCUGCAGUUGGGGGGACUUUGUAUACACUCCUUGCUGUUUAAAAUAAAGAUAAUCAACCGUAUUAAGGGAUGAAUCUUGAAAACCCUUUGCCUCAGAAGUCGUUUGGGUUUUUUUUUUUUUUGGCAUCUUCAUUCAGUCUUGAGGAUCUUUUGUCUCAUAACCCACCAAAAAAAAAAGUAAAUCCUCAGAGGCUUGAGCUCUUUUUUUUUUUUUUUUUUUUUUUUAAAUUACUGUCUCAAACGUGAAUACACGAUCAGUCUAGAAAUGUAAAAAAAAAAAAAGUUAUAGCAAAAAUCGAUUGACAGGAAAUUCCCUUUAUUCACCUGCGUUAUUUUUACAGGCUAUUAAAAAUGUGAUCAGUUCUUUUGGCGUAUGGACAGGUGUCUGUCAAGCACCGGUACCACUGAUGAGUAGUAAGCCACAGUGCUCACCAUGAUCUCGCUGGAGUAUUUUCUUGAAUUUCAAGACCUGUUAAACUUCAUUCUGGCAUUUCACUGUUUAUGAAGAAUUUAAGAAAACUUUUGAAAGGGUUUUUUUUGGGGACGCUGCUGAAGACGGAGUUUUUCUUGUAAAACAGUGUUCAGAAUUUCAUUCAGUGUAUUUGAGAAGGUUUUUUUUUUUUUUUUUUAAUUAAGUUUAAACAUCUUAAGGAGGAUUCUUAGCCAUAGGCAACUCUGACAGCUCCUGCUCUCGUCUUCGGACAUUAAGAUGGUCGGACGCUCUUAAAAUAAUUUGGAUUAAGCUAGAAUAUUUUUAAAGGAGUGGUUGGAAUGAAAGCCUGUGUGUAUAUAUGGUAUAUUUCUAAAUGCUGAUCAAGUCUUAUUCCUCAACAGAGAUGCCAUCCACUAUAAUGGGUUGGGACUAAAGCACUUGGAGUUUGUGUUCACAGGACUCACAAUCUUUGUUUUUAUUGUUUUAUUCCAAAUUAAAAUCAUGGGUGUGGAUUUUACAUGUGAGGAAGAUGUAUUUUUUUUUAAUUGCUUUAUCUGUGGGCCUGUGUCCCUUCAUCAAUUUUUUUUUUCCUUUGAUGGCCCUGCUAUGUUGAUUGAAACUUAAGGUUUGAUGAACAGAAUAAAUCUUAAUUAUUUAAAAAAAUACAGAGACAUUAAAUAAACCUGUUUUUGUGAUAAAA